GGCAGGGGUUGGUGUGGUUUCUACUAGAUUACACAGACAGACAGGCUCUAGCCAAGUCACAUUUGCAAAGAAAAUAUAGCUUUUGGUUAUAGUUUAAGGUUAUACAUGACGGUAACAAUGAGUUAAGGUUUGAGUUAGGUUUAAAAUACAUUUCAACGCAAAUAAAUAGUAGAAAUAGGCGGGGUUAAUGACAAUAUUACUGCAGCUACAGAGACUAGUGACGGAAGUGGUGUUGCGCGGGCUGAUUUUGAAAGAAAUGGCGGAUCUUCAUUCUGGGAAGCAAUCCGAGAGCUGCGGUAGCUCUGCUGAGAAGCACCCUCAGCAGCAACUCAAAAGAGAUUACCCCGGGAGUCCAAAUCCAGGAGCACCACAUCUGAAAACAGCUUGCAGACACACCCCUUCCUCGGACAUCGCACUGCCAGAAACAUCCGAGAUGCAGGCGGAGCCAGCGGUGGAGCUACAUUCAGGGGGAGCGGAACAGAAAGAGGACCCGGAAUGGGCCGUACAAACGCACAACCCGUCCGGCUCACGGAGGAAGUCCUGGAGGAGGUCAACCAGGGGGAGGCACUCUCUCUCUGCCCUCCCCAACACCUGUCAGGCCUUGUGCAGGUCAAUCAGCCGGUCUCUGCCAGAGGAGGAGAGGCUGGAGAAACUGAUGGAGGCUUCAAUGAGGCUGGCAGUCGAGAAGCUACAAGACUCACUGAGCACGACACCCGAUGCCAGUUUGGAGUCGCUUCAGGCACAAGUGGAGGUCCUACAGAAGGAGUGGUUUUCUCUAGCCAAAGACCUACGCUCUCACACUCCCACUGCCAGUGACCCAGGCUUGGAGCAGAUCAGGGAGACCAUCCACAGGCUGCAGACUGAGCGUGCAUCUUGGAAAUUGCUGUUAGAGAAGCACCGGAGUAAAGCUAAAGAAUUGGACAGGCGGGUGGAGCAGGGUCAGGAGGUGGGGUUACCGUUGGAUCCUAGCCGUGUGGCCCAGUCCUCCCAGAGCCAGCUCAUCCUGGCUAAGCCGGAUUACCACAGCGUGCUCGCCAGACAGCAGCCCCUACUGCACACGGUUGACAUGGUGAUUAACACCCAGUGCAAGAUGAUCCGCGAGGUGCUGUCCAUCCAGGAGAGUUCUGAGCUGCUCUUACAGGAGAUGAGCAGGAGAUUGGCGGCUGACGCAGGAUUCCAGGAUCUGUCGUCUGACCCAGUAAGGAGUUUACUGGCAGUACCAUCUAUGUCUUCCGGGUCUGCCGCUCCGUCUACCAUGUCAUCCUAGCCCCCUCUGGCUGCCCCCCUCACAAAUGGUCCCGUUGGUACCCCUUUUUAUGCCACAGCGAGAAAACAUGAGCAGAUUGAACUCUGUUUGAGAAGCAGGACCAAACACCUCCUUUUCCCCCCCUCAAUAGCACAGACUGUGAGUAGUGGCCUUGUGUCUGGUGAGGGACAGGUUCAGUGGUUGGUGAACAGGAGGAAGGACUUUGUUUUGUAAAUAAUCUUUUCUUUGCUUUGUAAAUAAUGUAAUCUCUCAUUGGAUGAUUGCUGAGUGUACUAUAUUGCUUUUGUAAAUGUUUACUGCAAUUGUACCAGGUCUUCACUAACCUCUGAUAAUUGGGACAGGAUGAAGAACAGGUGUGUUUUGCCCCUCCUUGUAAUGGUGUUGCCUACCACUGUAAGGACAAAGGUGCCGUUUAGGACCGGUGGGCUAUUGCCCACUAGAGGGCGAGAUUGUCAUUUAUUCAAAUAGCUAAGGAAUUUUCAGCUACUGUAAAGUCUCUAAUAUUUACCUGCUAUCGAGGUUUUUUUUUAUGCUUAUUUUUUGGGAAAAUGUUCUUCCUGUACAUUAUCUUGUCUAAUAUCUUGGUGACAUUUGAUUUUGUCUUUCUGAUAAUUUAAUCAGUUGUUAUUAAAAUCUGCUUGUCUUGUUUAACUCUAAGGCAAUAUGAAAUGUCAUAAAUAUGUAUAAAUGUAUCAUACUUUUCCCUGUCCUCUUUUCUACAAAAAAUCUUUCAUGUGUUGUCCAGAGGUUUAUCCUCUUCCCUUGAGCGCUGCUGCGUACAUUUCUCUGUCCUUUCUCCUGUCCGUCAAAAGAAGCCCCUCCCCCACCCCAUCGUGACUCCCUUCGCUGGGUCACUGAGGCAGAACGAAAGCAUGACAUUAUGCCAAGUGAUUCACAACCCCCCCCCCCCCCUUUUCUUUUUUCAAUCUAAUCCACUCUUUAUCACUUCCUACGUUCUCUCUCAACAUCUUUCGUGUUACUUGCUGGUGUUUUGGGGCUUUCUUCAACCAGGUACAUUAAAUUGCGUAAAACCAAUGGGGUUUAAGUCCUGACCACAAAACAGCGUGCUGGGAUAUUGAACUGCACCUAUAGGCUCAAAUCACUAAGCAUUGACAAAUUGUAAACAUUUGUAUUUUCUUUUUGCUGUUCUUGCAGCAGGGGGUAAGUGGGUGGAGGAGCACAGGCCGAGGAGCGGGGGAAAGUGUGGAGUGUCACGAAGGGAGGGUGUGCACGGCAAGAGAUCGAUUCUUAUUUAGAUGAAAAUGAGGCUGGGUGCUUGUGGGAUGAGAAUGAGGACAUCUCUUGCUUACAAACUGAAAGCAGAGUCACAUUCCUUUCAGGCACCGAAGAAACAACUUUAUAAUGUAUGGCGAGGUAGAUAAAUAUGGAUUAUUUCAUUUAUUACUUAUAUGUAUUUUCUUCGAAAUUUAGCCUGUGUGUAAAUGUACAAUGGGUUAAAUGUGAAUGGUUUCUUGAGACUCCUGAUGUGCCCAGGACUUACUAGUGAGAACAGCCUUGCCAGCAUAGUAGAAAUACUCUCCCUUCGGUGGGCCAGGCCUUUAUGAACUCUAGCCCCUCUUCCCGAACUUCAGAUUGAUUAGGAGGAGAUUGUAACGGAGGGAUGUGCUGAGUGUCAGCAUAAUCCGCGGCCAGUUUUGUCCCAUACACUCCCCUUUGGGCUGCGCACACCCAUCAUUCUAGCGCGGCAGACAGCCUGUCUUCUCCAGGCCUACUCAGUCUCCGAUUCGUCCGGAGGAGUUCCCGUCUCUCGUCCGAGUGAUAAACGGCAGGGAUAUCCUCUGCGUUUGCAAAAAAUAAUGAAGACAUUUUUUGUUUUCAAUCUGUACUUCGCUGUCAGCAUUUUUGUGCGU